AUGUCAAGUUUGUACUCGGGUUCUGACUUUACCGCCGAUCUCGCGUUAUCGCAUCUUCCAUUUAAGCAAGAUGUUCAUCAAAGUGUUCCCUUACCAAGAUCAUCGAGCAGGUUUAGUCUCAAUAGUGCAAACUAUUCAAAAACUUUUCGUAAUAAAGUUAUUACCAAUAGGUUAAUUGAAUCAAUACAUCCCGAUUUGAAUACUCAUCCUCAGCUAUUUAACCAUGCUGCAAAAAGAUUCAAAGAUAGACCAUGUUUGAGUUCAAGACCUUACGAUUAUGCCAAAAAGCAACUGGCUAGUUGCUUCAACUCGUUUACGUAUCAGCAAGUUUGGCAUAAGAAGAACAACAUUGGAUCGGGAAUCCUUAGGGCAUUACUAGCAAAUCCUUACUUAGAUGAAAAAUUAGAAUCACAUCGAAAAAUUAAGAACCAUUUAAGGGACUGGUCAACUUAUGGAGUUGCUAGCUAUCUUCGCGAUAAUAAGGACCAUGAAAUUGAAAAAAGCUGUUCAUUUAUCUUAUCAAUCUUUGCAGUUAAUAGAUUAGAGUGGGUUCUUACUGAUUUAGCUUGUUCGUCGUAUGCUAUCACAAGUACCGCCUUGUACGAUACACUAGGUUCAGAUACCUCCCAGUACAUUUUAGACUUGACAAAGUGUCCAAUUGUAGUAUGCACCAGUGAUAAAGUUGGCACAUUACUAAAGUUGAAGCAAACUUAUCCAAAGGAAACAGAAUCGGUUAUUUCAAUAAUCUCAAUGGAUCCAAUAGCCACCAUUAACAAGGAUGCAUUGCAACUAGCCAACCAACUCAAAGUACAAAUCACCGACUUGGCCCUGAUUGAGAAAUUGGGGGAAAAACAACCCAUUACACAAUUAUCACCUAGUCCAGAUGCCCUUUUUACCAUUUCAUUCACUUCGGGUACAACUGGAUCUAAGCCCAAGGGGGUUAUGAUUCCUCACAGAUGUGCUGCGGCGUACGUUUCCUUUUUAACCUCAAUACAACCUCAUGCUCAACUAGGAGAUAAGGCAUAUGUGCUCUUACCAUUAACCCAUUUAUACGAAAGAGAAACUAGUGCUUUUGCUUGGACAAACGGUUAUGAGUUGGGGUUCCCUCAAACCACAGUUGGCCAAACUAAGAUUGAUACAUUUCACAAUAUGAUUGAUGAUUUAAAAUUGUUCCAACCAACUUAUAUGUCAGUUGUUCCUAGAUUACUAACCAAGUUGGAAACUUUGAUCAAGGAACAAAUUAAACAGUUGAGCCCAAAUAACCAGGUCAGAGUGAAUCAAAUUAUUGAAUAUAAAGUUAAGAAACAAGGUAGUAAAGAUGGAGCGACUGGCUUUGACGCAAUGCUUGAUCUGUUUGAACCAUACAAAAGUUUGCGAGACUUUAUUGGAUUUAAUGAAAUGCGGUGGGUGCAAACUGCCUCAGCACCAAUUGCAUCAUCAACAUUAAUCUACCUCAAGGCAAGUUUGAAUAUGGGAAUUCGUCAAUUGUACGGAUUAACGGAAUCUGGGGCUGCUAUUACCUGUACAGAUGCUUAUGAAGCAAGCCCGGGUACGUGCGGCUCUAUUUCGAUGACUGGAGAAUUUAAACUACGAAGUGUAAGAGAUAUGGGUUAUGAUAUCAACAAGUUGGAAGGUGAAAUCUUGUUACGUGGUCCCCAGAUGUUUAAGGGAUAUUAUUAUAAUCAAGAAGAAACCAAUAAGGCAGUUAAUGAAGAAGGAUGGUUUCAUUCUGGCGACAUUGCUACAAUUGAUUCCGAUGGAAGAAUACGGAUUAUUGAUCGAGUCAAAAAUUUUUUCAAGAUGCAGCAAGGAGAAUACAUUUCUCCGGAGAAAAUUGAAAACAGGUACUUGUCAUCGAACCCAGUAAUCAGUCAACUUUACGUUCACGGUGACUCUCUUAAGCUGUACCUUGUUGGAAUAGUUGGAAUCGAAUAUGAGCAAGGACUAAAGUUUCUUAACCAAAAUUUCGGACUAAACAAAAUUGAUAUGUCUUGCGAAGAACUAUUGCAAAAAAUAAAUACAGUUGAAGCAAAGACUAAAUUUUUAGCCCAUUUGAACUCAAACGUUUGUAACCAAUUGAAUGGGUUUGAACUAUUACAUAACAUUCACAUUGAAAUUAACCCAUUAACUGUUGAAAGAGAAGUGGUGACACCAACAUUCAAAUUAAGAAGACCUGUUGCUCAAAAAUUUUUUGCAAAUGUUUUCCAUAAAUUGUAUGAAAUUGAGAAAUCUUUAGUUAUCGAGGCAAGAUUACAAAUGGCCAAACUUUAA